CGCAGUGCGGCGGCACGCGGGCAGGGCGGGGCGGGGCCGGGCGAGGCGGGGCGCGCGCGCGGCGGCCGUUGAAGGACCGUUGGGGCGGGAGGCGGCGGCGGCGGCGCGCGCUGCGGGUAGUGAGUGUGGAGGCGCGGACGCGCGGCGGAGUUCGAGCUGCAGCUGCUGCCGCCGCCGGAGGAACCUUGAUCCCCGCGCUCCGGACACCCCGGCCUCGCCAUGGCUGACCAGCUGACUGAGGAGCAGAUCGCAGAGUUCAAGGAGGCCUUCUCCCUGUUUGACAAGGAUGGAGAUGGAACUAUCACCACCAAGGAGUUGGGGACAGUGAUGAGAUCCCUGGGACAGAACCCCACCGAAGCAGAGCUGCAGGACAUGAUCAAUGAGGUGGAUGCAGAUGGGAAUGGGACCAUUGACUUCCCGGAGUUCCUGACCAUGAUGGCCAGAAAGAUGAAGGAUACAGACAGCGAGGAGGAGAUCCGAGAGGCGUUCCGUGUCUUUGACAAGGACGGCAAUGGCUACAUCAGCGCUGCUGAGCUGCGUCACGUAAUGACGAACCUGGGUGAGAAGCUGACUGAUGAGGAGGUGGAUGAGAUGAUCAGAGAGGCCGACAUUGAUGGAGACGGCCAGGUCAAUUACGAAGAGUUUGUACAGAUGAUGACUGCCAAGUGAAGGCCCCUGGGCAGCUGGUGAUGCCCAUUCUCGUGAUCUCUCUCUUCUCGCGCGCGCGCUCUCUUCAACACUCCCCUGCGUUCCCCGGUUCUAGCAAACACCAGUUGAUUGACUGAGAAUCUGAUAAAGCAACAAAAGAUUUGUCCCAA